CACCGCGCCUUCCCUAACGGUCCAUUUUUGACAUAUUAAUCUUCCCUCUCAGACCAUCUCUGAGCUUCACUCUGCAAAUCCUUAUCACAUUAAUCACGAUUCUCUCUCUUCCUCCCCCCCCCCCUCUCUCUCUCUCUCUCUCUCUUAUACUGCCUGCCUUUUCUACUUUUCUUGCCAUCAGUUUUAGCUCAAGAAUUCAAGAAUGGCUACUAACAAUGAAGACAACAAUAGUGAUGAAAGCUGUCCGAGAAUUCAGCAUGUAGCAAAAGCAUCAUCUGAUGAGCUGCUGAGGAAGUUUGCCCAAGUGGGUUCUGAGUCAGAAGACAAGAAAGAGCUGCAGUUGGCUAAGCGGAUUAAAAGAAGCACUAAUAUUAGUGCAAUUAAGGCUGGGUUUUAUACUCAGAGCAGAAUGUAUGUUGAUCAGGGCUCUUCUUUGAACGGUAUUAGUGCCGCCAUUGUUGAGAGGAAGUCCCUUUUGCCUCCCGUUACGCCCUCGUCUCGGAGAUCAUCUGUGGCGGUGGUUCGAAGACUUGGGAUUGGGAGAGUAAAAGUCAGGGCAAGGGAAAUUAAGCAUAAGUCUCUUCUGGGUGCAAUUGAGAAGACAUGGCGUAGGACAAUUGAAGGUGCUUGCAAGGUAUUCGUGGAGAAGCAUUACAACCAACACAGACGUCUAAAGCAUGACAUGUUUUAGUUAACGAUACCAGACUUCAUUGAGAUUGGAAUUAUGGGAAACAUGAAGAAAAGGGGUCUGCCGCAAAAUGAGAAUGGCCGUCUUUAAUUAUUCAUUGUUGUAAGUUGGAAGAUCAGUUACAUCCAUUUUUUUCUUAUCUAAUUUUUUUUUUUUAAGAAUCCAAAGUCUCUUGCCUUUAAUUUCCAUACCUUGAUAAUAUCAGCUGCAUAUUUUUUUUCUUUCUUAUUACAUCUUGUUGUUAUACACAUAUUUAAGGAUAAAUGUUAAAUCAUGAUACUUGUAAGUGAUGGAUACAAAUAUUGAAUCCCUGAAAUCCUUUAGUUUUGCUUCUGUGGGUAAAUUGUACAUCGUUUAUUAUAGGAUUUUGCAAAUAUUAAAUGCAUUAAGACUUGCCUGCAUUCAAACAAUUGAUUUCGACACCCCUGGUUUUUCUAUUUCUUCUUUUGCUUGUUGUGUGUUUGCUGCUGUUUCCAGCCUUUCCAAACCUGCCACAGAAUAUUGCAAGUCAAAGAGGUGGUGGGGCGGCCUAAUUGAAUCAGAAAUAGCUUCAUCAGAUGGUGGAAAGGCUUAUUAGAGGCGGGCAAUAAUAGAUAGAGCACAUGAACAAAAUACACAAACAAGUAGAACAAAAUUGCUACCGUCCAGAAGAAAAGGUUCAUUAUACUACUGGAGCCGGAUCAAGUUUAAACAUUUUCUUGGUUGAAUAGUAUCCAGUGAUCAAUCAGGUUAAGAGUUCAAAUCCUCUUGGUGCAUUAAAGAGAAGUACAGUGCUUUCUUUUAUGUCUAAUUUCCAGCCUCUGUAGCCUGUACAAGUCUAAAUGAACUUCUCCUGCCCCAUAAUGUAGGAGCAGAAUAGAGUGUGAAUGACGGUUGUAAAGUCUAAAGCAAUGAAAGGUGUACUCAACUAUCUAGAUGAUUAUCCAUGCAUUCAAUAAUGUAUCUAGAUGCUGAG